CAUCACUUUCUCUCUUCUUCAUCCCCCUGAAACAUUGUCUUUUCAUUCAGCUCUUUUUUCUCAGUGGGUUUGUUCAACAGAAAGCAGGACAACUGGCGACUGAAAUGGGGGAAUGGGAUCUUCUGGGCCGCCUGCUGGAUAAAGUGCAGAGUCACUCCACGGUUAUUGGCAAGGUCUGGCUCACCGUGCUGUUCAUCUUCCGCAUUCUGGUCCUGGGCACCGGCGCUGAAAAGGUGUGGGGCGAUGAGCAAUCUGACUUUGUCUGCAACACUCAGCAGCCCGGUUGUGAGAACAUAUGCUACGAUGACGCCUUCCCCAUCUCUCACGUUCGCUUCUGGGUGUUCCAGAUUAUUGCUGUCGCUACUCCAAAGCUUCUUUACCUUGGCCACGUUCUUCAUGUGAUCCACGCUGAGAAGAAGAUGAAAGAGAGGAUGAAGAAGCAAGCUGAGCUAGACGACCCAACCAGCCUGUUCCUCAGGAGGGCCUUCAAAGUCCCCAAGUACACCAAAAGCACUGGCAAGAUCAGCAUCCGUGGCCGCCUUCUCCGCAGCUACGUCCUUCACCUUGUUGCCAAGAUUAUCCUGGAGGUUGUGUUCAUCGUGGGCCAGUACUUCCUGUAUGGUUUCACCCUCAGUGCUGUAUACGUCUGUGAAAAAUCCCCCUGCCCCCACCAGGUGGACUGCUUCCUGUCAAGGCCUACGGAGAAGUCUGUCAUCAUCUGGUUCAUGCUGGUGGCGGCGUGCGUGUCCCUCUUCCUUAGCGUGGUUGAGCUGAUCUAUCUGUGUGUGAAAGCUGUGAAAGAGUGCAUGGCGAGGAGGCAGGACUACACCGUGACACCUGUGACACCCCCGCUUACAGAAAGGAAGGCGUUUAAAAGCCUAGAUGAUGAGGUGAUCCAAAAUAGCAUCAACCUGGAGUUGGAGCUCCAAGGACGGAAGUUAGGGGUGAACGGGGUCAGCGAGACAAUCAAGAGUGUGACGCCUGAGAACAACAUGGGGGAGGUUCAUAUCUGAAGCAUGGAGGCAGCGAUAAGCAAUACGGGACCAAAGCUUUUGACGUCCAGUAAAUGUGUGUUUUUACUUUGGUUAGGAAAGGAAAGGGGGGGUGUGCAGAGUAAAUAAAGAUUUGGUGGGGGCAGGGUCACCAGCUUAGGUAAACAGGACUCAGUCACAUGCAAAAUAUAGCUCAGAUUUAUGUCUUUUAACAUUACUGACACAAAUGCUUUAACAUUUUCAUCACAGUCAUCAUUUUAUAAAGUCUGACAUUAAGUUUUUCUCCAGCUAGGUGUACUUUCUUUGAAUGAUUUCAUACAUUGCUGUUACAAUUUUAAGUCAAUAAACUCAUCAAAUUUGGGUUCAAAUCA